AUGUCUGAGCCACAUCAUCAUCACCACGACCAAGGGGAGGACGUCGAAGGAGUACCCUCACGGCAGGAGGCGGGCAGCAGGUUAAAUAAGAGGGACUCGAAGCUAGGAUUGAGGAACUUGUUUCAUCGAAACAGAUCAGCCACCGAAGCGGAACGAAUGUCGACUGUCGCCCCGAGAGAAACGCAAACGAGAUCCGGAGGUCUGCGCGCCUCCAUCGCCAGUGUCAGCCACUGGCCGUAUGGACUGCAUCACAGCCAUGGCCAUGCCCAGCGGUCCGAGGUGACGUUAUCCGGGUCCGGAUCCCCUCUCACACCUACCUUCCCGGGCCCGACUUUGAAACACAAGAAAUCAGCAAGUAAUGUGCGUGGACACGCAUCGCCUAGAACAUCAAGGGGAUCCCUGGCUGCUUGGGAUCCACCAACACUUUGCCAAGUUUAUCCCCAGGCCAUCAAGCAAGCUCGUCUUCCUGCCUGUACCGCUUCAGCUGAGGCUAUACUCAGGCUGCAUCAACAUAAGGGCAUUUUCUCGAUUGGCGACACUUUCGGAUCAGGCUCAGCAACAACCGCAGACGGGGCAGCUCCGUCGACAGCAGGUGACAAGUCCGAGAGAGGGAGGAGGAGGCACCGCCGCAAUACCUCUGGAUCAUACACCGGGGAUGGGCCCUUGGACCGUCUGCCGGAGAAGGUCUUGCCGUUGGGAAAGGACUCGGCUGCCUUUGUGAGCGAUGUUAUUCCAGGACGCCACUGGGUGCUGCAGAUAACCGCCACGGCUGAUUCGGACUCUGCCGCCCCGUCAUCUCACGCCAGCUCAUUGCUUGCGCGACUACCCUUUCGGGGCCAGGACAAAAGACAGGCCUCCAAUCUCUUAAUGGUGUUCGAGAAUGCGGCCGAUAUGGAGAGUUGGCUGGCCACGCUUAGAAACGCAAUUGAAGGCCUCGGAGGAAGGAAGAAGCUUUCCGAGACAGGAAACAUGAAUGUUGAUAACGAAGCUUCAGAGCUCCGAAGCCAGACAAGCCAAAGAACCUUGGUAGUUGGCGAUUAUGGUGGAGCCACAUCUCAUGAGUCGUGGGACGAACGCCAGAGCACCUCAAACCCGGAUAUCAACAUGGACUUCGCUGAUGCUGAAGGGACACGAGGUCAGUCUUUUGACGAGGCCGCGUCCACCGCUAGCGUGAUCUCACAUGAUGGUAGACAGUUAGACGGACUCAGGGAUAGCACCCAGCGGUUUUCAUAUCUGUCAUCCGGUCAGCGUACAGUCCUCACAUCAGCUGGAUCAUCACCGGCAUGCUCGCCUGUCCGCGACUCUUUUGCAAGCCUUCAGGACUCGAUACCAGAGCUCACCGCCCUCGAUGACCAACCCCGACCGCGACCAAGACCGAAUGCAUCGGCAAUCAGUGACAGGAGACAGUCACUUCAGACGAUGAAUCAUCUCCUCGAAAUCCGUCUGGCCACCUCCCGGCCUGUUUCGGGUUCGAGUGCGUGGAAUUUCGAUCCCAGCAGCCCUUCAAGCUCCAGCAAACGAUCCAGUAAGCGUUACUCGCUCGCUAGGUCAACAAAAUCUCUUCCGGAAGAGGAAGCUGAACCAUCUUCUCCGCCCCCACCGCUACCUUCUCAGAUUCGCGGCGGUUCACGAAGACCCCCGCCCUCGGCUCUCUGCCUCAACUCACGCCCGUUAUCUUUUGUAGAGGAUCAACCGUCACCUGCGUCGCCGCUUGAUGAGAACGGUAUUCCAAUCGAAGUAACCGUUGAAACAGCACGAGAGGCGGAGUCACUCUUCUCGUCUUGGGGGUUGCCAGAUGCAACCAAGCAACGCUCUAACAGCCGCGAGGACUGGGAAAACCUCUCUCCCACGCAGCCUGUCACACAAGGUAGCCCUGAGAAGAGGUCGGGUUAUUUCCAGGCCGAAGGCAUCCCAUCGGCGAUUCCUGCGACAUCAGUGGCUUUCCAAGACAUGCUCAGAUCCACCUCAUCCAUCGGCAACCACCCGGGUAGCCCAACAAAACGCGUCGAUAGAAGAAGAUUCAGUCUGCAGUCUCAGCUGUCAGAGAGGUCAAGCGAAACUGGUCGCAGUUUCCUCGACCUGAGUGACCUAGGUGACCACCUCGGUGAUCUUCCCCAGAUAUCUUCGACUUCACUCUCGAAGCCGGGAUCGAGACCAGGGCCACAUUUUAGGUCGAUGUCGGUUGCCAACGGCUUGGGUCCGCGACGGAGCAUGACACAGCUGGUAGAAGGUCCUCCGCCUGCUCCUCCGCCAAACCGAGCCCUUCCUCCGAUCCCUCCCCCGCCGAACCGUGCCCUUCCUCCGAUCCCGAGAAAAUCGUCACUUCAGGUCUGUCAGUCAGCGGCUUCUCCUUGA